CUGUAGAGACUGAAGCACUUCUAACCUGUUAGUCUACAUCACAUAAUCUAGUCUACAUCAUAAUCUGUCCUGAAACCCGUGAAUAUGGAGAAUGGAUCUGAAGAGCUAUCCCGUCAGCAUCUGGAGUAUCUGGAAAUCUCUCUGGACACGGUAUCCACCACCGGGGAGGACGAGCAGGCCAGCGCGCACGCCUCACGCACAGAGCUGGAAUCUUUGGAGAAGCCGCCGUACUCGUAUGUGGCUCUCAUCGCCAUGGCCAUCCGAGAAAGCACGGAGAAGAAACUGACGCUAAACGGGAUCUAUCAGUUCAUCAUCUCCAAGUUCCCUUACUACGAAAAGAACAAAAAGGGGUGGCAGAACAGCAUCCGUCACAACCUCAGCCUCAACGAAUGUUUCGUUAAAGUGCCCCGGGACAACGGUGGAGGAGGAGGAGGAGGAGGAAGCAGCGCUGGAGAGAAGAAGGGCAACUUCUGGACGCUUGAUCCUGCUUUCGAUAACAUGUUCGACAAAGGCAACUACCGGCGCAGGAGGCGCGUCAGGAGACCUUACAGAGCGCCUGCUUUAUCCUACAUACCAUCUGUUAACUUCCCCGAGCAGCUGUACUACCACCAGGAGCCUGUGUACUGGCAGAGCCCGUUAGUCGGAGGCGCAUGGAGCGUCGUACCACAGGCGGGCGCGCACACCACGGUUUCACCCUACAGCUUCCACAGCAGCGGAAACGCGCGUCCUUCAUCUCCCAACAGCUAUGCCAGUUCCCCCGUGAGUUAUUACCACACUGCAAAUGUCCACCCGUCCUACGGACCGUACCAGCACCAAUACCACGCUUUUGCGCCGCACAGCGGGCGCACUUUAUGCGGCGUGUCUGCUCCAGAGAGUCCCGGAGGAAGCGCUAUUCCAGUCGCCAACUACACACCGCACCAUCCGUACAGCCAGGCCGACCUGCAGCACGAUUAAAAAGAAAUAAGUGUUCGGAUUAAAACUGUUCCGAAAUGUGGAUAUUUACAUGCAGGACAAAGCUGGUAAUGUGGAUCCAUACUUUUCUGAAAGUGCUGUCAGUUCUCGCACCGCUUUGUUUUUACAUUGCAUAAACACCAAAUCUUAGUGAUUUGUCAAUUGUUCGAUUUGUAACAUGUUUACCACAAAGUCUAAACCGUACACUGAAAAAGUUCGUUUAAUACUGAUUGUGAAAAUCUUCUAGUUCAGAGGUUACAAGCUGUUGUUGUACGUAUAGGCGUCUUUCAGCAUAAUAUGUUAAGAUUGCGUCUAUUUUGCUCUAUUUUUCUAUUGUUAUUUAUUUCAUUUGAGUUAUAAUUUUAUCCAUGCGUGUUUUUGGUUCAGUUUUUUUAUAUGACCUUUGUAAGAAAUUUGGUUAGAAAUGAGGUUUUUAAUAAAGUAAACCGUGGUGUAUCAGUGUUUAUCCUGUUCAUGGGGAAGUGUGUGUGUGUGUGGGGGGGGGCUUUACAUAAGGAUGGGAAAUUAUUAAGUUUUUAAAUUAAGUUUUCUAAUGCCUUAACCUCACAAAACCAGGUAAUUAAAUCUUAUAUUAGAAUAAGGGAUGUGGCGUCACCGUCUGGUGAAAUAGAUGAAGUGCUCACGUCAAAAUAUCAGGUUCAAAAGAACCAACCACCUUUCUUUACCUGUAUCUACUCUGUACUGUACCUCUAGUGGAUGUCGGAUGUAUUACUUAUGUAUUUUAUCUGUAACCCAAAGCCAUCCUAGGUGCUUAUAUUGUCUAGUUUUUAAUGCAAUAAUGCAACAUGAUUAUUAAAAAAUGUUGGCAAUUUAUGCAAACAGUA